UCCCUGGAGGUGUUUAAAAGGCGUUUAGACGAGGUUCUUAGGGACAUGGUUUAGUGCUAGAAUUGUGUUAUGGUUGGAUUCGAUGACCCCGAGGGCCUCUUCCGACCGAAACAGUCCUGUGAUUCUGAGUUUGCAGAAAACGCGUGUUCCUCUUGCCUUCUCAACAACGCAAGCGAUAAUCCCUUCCCUGGCCUGGCCUGGACCCGCCUUCCCCGGCAAGCACCGGGCCGGCCCUGUCGCCGUGAGCGAGCGCCGGCCUCCCGCCCCCCCACCGCCCCAUUCUGCCGCCGCGUUGCCAGGGCAGCGGGGCCGCGGAGCGGGGCAGGUCCUUGUAACUGAACGUAAACAGACGAUGCCUCUUCCGGAAACCAUAUUUUGUGCUCAGCAGAUCAAAAUCCCUCCUGAGCUACCUGAUAUUCUGAAGCAAUUUACUAAAGCUGCUAUUAGGACUCAACCUUAUGAUGUUUUGCAGUGGGCAGCUGCGUAUUUUUCAGCGCUGUCAAAAGGUGAGCCCCUUCCUGUGAAGGAGAGGCUUGAAAUACCUUUGGCAACAGAGAAAACAGAGGCUGCUCUGACACUAGGACUCCUUAAAGUCUUGCACAAACAGCUUUCUCCCAAAGGCGUGGUGAAUGUUGCAGAACUGAAGGAAAAAUGGAAACACUUGUGCUUGCCCGAGGAGCAGCUGGAAGCUAUCUUGCAGCUGGACAACUUUGGCGAGGAGGUGGAGUGGAUGAAGGUUCUGGCGCUUGGGUGCAGUGUUCUCGGUGAGUCCUUACUGAGUUCAAUGAAACAUGCCUGUGAAAUCUUAACAGAGGACCCAGAUGGUGGAGCAGCUCGUGUUCCCUUUGAAACGUUCUCGUUCCUUUACUCCUAUUUGGCCAGUAUCGAUGGAGAGAUACCAGAGGAGGAAACCAAAGCGUUCCUCUGUGGAAUUAAAGAACAAGCUGACCAACAAAGUGGCAUGGUGCUGCUCAGAAACUUCCUGACCCAGCCAUGAGAACCGCUUUGAACAAACCUACUCUUCAGCACCAGAUGAGGAAAAAAUAAAAAGGAAUAAAUACGUGCAAGUGUUCAAGGAAAUAAUUUGUGUUCAAAGGACUGUUAUUUGCACAUUGCAAUACAAGAUGAUCCUCUUCUCUGACACUUUUUUUUCUUUAUUCCACUCUUGAAAUAGCCUUUCAGUGGAUGUUAGUUGAAUACAUGGUUGUACUGUUCUCCGGCCUCUCAAAUACUGAUGCUCCCACCUAGGGCGUGAUAACUUCACUCAUUUGUUUAUAUUGAGUAAAAUGUAUUUUGUUAUGGAUCUUCCUACUUCGUGAUUGUAAGAAAAUAAGUAAACUGUAAAAUUCAAUUUAGAGAAGACUGGACAGCUGUAACUGGUGCAUUUCCCAUUAUGUUUCUAGAUAGCACUGACUUUGACUCUUGUGCAAAUACAGCUUUUCUUUUGACUA